AAGAAAAAGACAGGAUUAUAUUAUUAAGAAUAAUAACUUAACUUGUCUAUUCGAUUACGGUAGCGAAAAUAUUAAAAAUGUUCUCCUGGUAAUUAAUGUAAAAUAACUACACUAACAUUUUGUAUGCCAUCCAGACAAAGACAACAGAAAAACACAAAAUUUGACUUAUAAUUUAUGUGAACUGACAGCAACUGCUUUAGUGUAUCCGCACAAAAUAAUUAGAGGUGUAUUCGUGAGUUUAAUUAUUAACAAAUGUGAGGAUCAUUUAAACAACUUGCUUUUCGACUACAAACAUUUGAUAAGUUGGACGUUGGAAUAAAAUGAUUUAAUCUUGAAAUGAAACACAGUUUUUAAGAUCAAGUAAUUUCCGUAUGUUUAAUUUAUGAGUUGCAAAGAAAAUUGCAUUUUUUGUAAAUUUGGCUUUUACAAGCUUGUUUGUGCUUAAAUUUUGCAGAAAGUGAAAUUUAAAUUUAAUUCGGCCUCAGGGUUUUUACUUGUAUAAAGGUAUUACAGCUCAGUAUAUAUUGAGUUGUAGUUAAAACUAAUAUUACUGUUGUUGUAAUAAAAUGACUGAGGAUUUAGAUUGGAGCACUGUACAACAAGAUACGGGGUUAUUUAUACAGAAACCUACACAAGCAACUGAUUGGAGGAAAUUUAAACUCGCACAGACACAGAUAGACCAGUAUUUCAGGAAUGGUUUUCUUGCACCGAUUAAAGUUCUUAAUGAUGAAGAAUGCGAUUUAUUGCUGGAGGAUUACAAAAAGUUUAUUGAAAGUGACGGACAUCCAUAUUUUUACGAAUUCCACAAAAACCAAACUGGGGAUUCAAAUAACGUAUUAAUGCAUGCACUUGGACACUGGAGAAUAACUAGAGCAUUUCAUGACUUGAUAUAUCACCCUGCUAUAUGUGUACCAUCGUCGCAACUAAUCAGUGGAGAUAAUGUGGAAUGCUCAGUUCGUUUCUGGCAUGACCAGCUGUUUGCUAAGCCUGCCAAAUAUGGUGGUUGUGUGGCCUGGCAUCAGGAUUAUAGCUACUGGACCAGGACAUAUCCUAUGAAGCACUUAACUAUCCACAUAGCAUUGGAUGAUCAAACUGAAGAGAAUGGUUGCAUUCAUUACAUACCGGGAUCACAUAGAUGGAACAGAGAUGGUAAACCACUACCAGUGACAGAUUUUAACUUUAAGAACAUGGAAUCGAUUAAGACCAUACUAACUAAGGAUGAGAAACAGAAGUUUUUUCCAACACCUUGUAAGUUAAAGAGGGGAGAAGUAAGUUUCCAUCACCCACUUGCGGUGCAUGGUUCGUAUCCUAACAGGUUUGUAGUCAGACUAAUAGAGGACUCUUGUGAAUUGCAUACAAAAUCUACAUUCAAUUUUGUAAAGCAAGAUUUUUUUUACUUGACCAGAAUUUCAAAAAGCAAGAAUUUUCGUUUUUUGGGGAUUUUGAAAAUCAAAACAUUUUUUUCCGGAGUAAAAUUUUGACAAGCCAGACUUUUACUUUGUUUAGAAUUUUAAAACUCAAGAGCAAAUAUCUGUACAUUUAAACACAUUUAAAACAAAACCUUGAUAUUAAUACAGAAAUCUGUCUUUACUAUAGGUCUAACAUGUCUUUACUAUAGGUCUGACCAACCACGCAGAGCUGCUGUGGUAAACUAUAUUGCUGAUGGGGUAGGAUCAUCAGUUGAUGGUUGUUUAUUAGAAGGAACAAAUAUUAUGUCCAAAGGAGAGAAACUCGGUGGGCAGUUCUACCCUCUUGUAUAUGACCAGAAGUGGGCAAAUUAAGACAAAAUUGUGCUUGUGGAUUUGUAUUAUUUACCAGCAAUUAAAUUGUUUUAGUGUGAUGAAAUUUGCAAUUACCGAUUUUUUUGUGACAAUUGUUUUUGUUUCGUGAUAGAUUAUUCAAUUACUUACCCAAUUUAAUUACCUUGCAAAGGUGGUGUUAUUGCAAACUAUGUAAUAGUUAUUGUUUUGUUAUUAAAUUUAAAUUAUGGUUUACGAAUUUCAAUACAGUUUUAAUUUGUAUAAAGGGUGUUUUUGUAUUAUAUUCUACAUUACAUAUGCUAUUUUCAACAAUUAAGGGUCAAAUUUACCAUUAUCUAUUAUUCUGUACAUAUGUUACAUGUGAUUCUGCGUCAUUCCCUAACAUUUGUAUACAAACAAACAAAAACCUUAAACUAUGACACAAAGUACAAACUAUCACAAACAACCCAAAAAG